AGUGAAAGAAGAAGAUGCGUCGAUCGGCGAGCGCCUCCAUUGUUUCCGACCAACUCUCACCCAAUUCUCCGUCUCCAUCACCGUCUCCGCCGCGAAUUAAAACCGCAGACGAUGGUCAGCUUCUUCUGCCUAGGUACGAUCCCAACUCUCAUCCCGGGAAGAAGAACAAAUCGAGACUCAGAUCCGCCGAGAACGCUAUCCAUUUCAUUCCAAUCGUACUCAUCCUCUGCGCCUUGAUACUGUGGCUGUUCUCGAAUCCAGUAGCAAUGAUCAAACAGUGACGAUUACAGAGUUUCAUUCAUAUUUUUAGGUGCUUCUUCAGGGUCGAAGCUUUACUCUGUUCUUGUUGAGACUAAUGUUAGCUUGUAGAAACAUUGUAUUAUUCUUUUACAUUAUUAAAUCACAGAGUUUUGUA